AUGGCAACUGCCAUCAAUCGCUUGGAGUCCCACGCUUAUGGAAAGUUACCCUCACAACCUGAAGUAAAUCCCAGGAAUGUAAGUGCCAUGACACUGAGGAGUGGCAAGACACUGGAAGGGCCUAAAGAGGGAAAUUUAAAAAGCAAGAGUGAGGAGGAGAUAGAAAAGGAAAUUGAGGAGGAAGGAUGUGUUCGUGAGGAUCCUAAGGUUGGAAAAGACAAAAAGGGUAGAGAAGGAAAAGAGCUCUUAGAUGUGUUUCGAAAAGUGGAGAUCAACAUUCCCCUGUUGGAUGCAAUCAAACAGAUACCGAAAUAUGCCAAGUUCCUAAAAGAUUUGUGCACCCACAAAAGGAAGCUAAGGGGGGACGAAAGAGUAUCGGUGGGAGAAAACGUGUCAGCUAUACUCCAAAGGAAACUCCCACCAAAAGUGGAGACCCAGACAAUCUAUGUUUCUCUUAAUCUUGACCCAUUAAAAGGCACAGGCAUUAUAAUCCAACUUGCAGACCGUACCAAUGCUUAUCCAGAGGGGUUAGUUGAAGAUGUUUUGGUACAGGUCAAUGAGUUGGUCUUUCCUGCAGAUUUCUAUGUCUUAGACAUGGGAGAUGAAAGGGCAUUAAGUCCAUCACCUAUUUUGUUAGGUAGACCAUUUUUAAGCACUGCUAGGACAAAAAUAGACGUGAAUGAGGGCACUUUGUCGAUGGAGUUUGAUGGUGAAAUUGUAAAUUUCAAUAUCUUUGAUGCGAUGAAAUACCCGGAUGAGGCUAACUCUGUUUUUGCUUUGAGCAUUAUUGAACCUCUUGUACAUGACACAUUUGAAUUGAAUAGGGGCGAUGCACUGGAAGUGGCAUUGGCCAAACAUCUUGAGUUGGAGCAACUCUUGAGAUAUGAGCUUACUUCUCUCUUUGUACCAGAAACUCAAACGAAAUUGUUGCCUUCUAUUGUGCAGGCACCUGAGUUGGAGCUCAAGCCUCUCCCAAAGCAUUUGAAAUAUGCUUUUCUCGGGGACAAAGAGACAUUGCCAGUCAUCAUAUAUGCAUACCUGUCACCAAGGCAAGAAGACAACCUGAUUCGUCUUCUUCGAGAUCAUAAGGAGGCGAUUGGGUGGAGGCAUAGCAGACAUCAAGGGAAUUAG